AUGGAGAUCGUAUCUAGUUCAAUUGCUUCUUGUCCAAAGGAACAUCGGAAAAUCUAUCAACAAUGGUUCGAUUAUAUCGAUUCAGAUGGUGAUGGUCGGAUAACGGGUAUUGAGGCCACAGAGUUCUUGGCUAUGUCAAAGUUAGCAAAGUCUGAACUUAAGCAGGUUUGGACGAUUGCAGAUUCUAAGAGACAAGGAUUUCUAGGUUUUAAAGAGUUCAUCACCGCAAUGCAGUUGGUGACUCUCGCACAAGCAGGACAUGACCUAAGUAUAGAUUUAUUGAGAAGUUCUAUAGAUGUGGAGCGUUUGGAACUUCCAGCAAUGGAAGGUUUGGGUUCGUUUCUGGCGGUAAGUACACAUUUUUUUUCUAGCUACCAUUUAAACGAUGGUAGCCUUGAAUCAAAUGCACUGAACUCUUUGUUUUCUUCAAAAUCUAGUAAGAAGGUAACUCUUAGUGAAGUGACAUCUAUAGUUGAUGGAUUAAAGAAAUUGUACAACGAUAAGCUAAAGCCGUUGGAAGUUACUUAUCAAUACAAUGACUUUGUAUCCCCUUUAUUGACAAAUAGCGACUUCGAUGCUAAACCUAUGGUAAUGCUUCUUGGUCAAUACUCAACUGGGAAAACAACAUUUAUAAAACAUAUGCUUAAAAGCAAUUACCCAGGAGCUCACAUUGGACCAGAGCCAACCACCGAUAGAUUUAUUGUUGUUAUGAAUGGACCAGAUGAGAGAAGCAUUCCUGGGAACACUAUUGCUGUACGAGCAGAUAUGCCAUUUACUGGCCUUGCAACAUUUGGAGGAGCAUUUUUAUCGAAAUUUGAGUGUUCUCAGAUGAACCAUCCUCUUCUGGAGCAUAUAUCAUUUGUUGACAGCCCUGGUGUUUUAUCUGGAGAGAAGCAACGUACGCAAAGAAGUUAUGAUUUUACUGGCGUCAUAAAGUGGUUUGCAGAAAAAUGUGAUCUAAUUCUCCUUCUUUUUGACCCUCACAAACUUGAUAUAAGUGAUGAAUUCAAGCGCGUGAUUUCAACUCUACAUGGUCAAGAUGACAAGAUUCGCGUAGUCCUUAACAAAGCAGACCAAGUUGAUACACAAAAAUUGAUGCGAGUUUAUGGUGCGUUGAUGUGGUCACUUGGGAAAGUUUUGAACACACCAGAAGUGGCGCGUGUUUAUAUUGGAUCGUUCGGUGAUAAACCAGUCAAUUUAGAAGCACUUGAUUCCAUGGGCAAGGAGCUUUUUGAGAAAGAACAGGAUGACCUCCUUUUAGACUUGAUAGACAUUCCAAAGAAAGCUUGUGAUCGUCGAAUCAAUGAGUUCGUUAAACGUGCUCGGGCUGCAAAGAUACACGCCUAUAUAAUCGGCCAUUUGAAAAAAGAAAUGCCUACCAUGUUGGGUAAAACUAAAGCUCAGCAGAAGCUCGUGGAUAAUCUUCAAGAUGAAUUUGCCAAGAUUCAACGGGAUCACCAUCUUCCGCCGGGUGAUUUUCCGGAUGUGGAACACUUUAGGGAAGUUCUUGGUACAUACAACAUUGACAAAUUUGAGAAAGUGAAGAGCAAGAUGAUUCAGGUUGUGGAUGACAUGCUUGCAUAUGAUAUCCCUGAGCUCUUGAAAAACUUCAGAAAUCCUUAUGAUUAAAACCAACCCAACCAAUGGUAUGUUCCUUUAAUUCUAUUAUUACUCCUGUGUACA